AUGUGUAUUCAGCAAACAAAAUGUGUAUUCAGCAAACAAACUGUGUAUCCAGCAAACAAAUUGUGUAUCCAACAAACUGUGUAUCCAACAAACAAAAAGUGUAUCCAGCACAAAAAUUGUGUAUUCAGCAAACAAACUGUGUAUCCAGCAAACACACAGUGUAUCCAACAAACACACAGUGUAUCCAACAAACUGUGUAUCCAACAAACAAACUGUAUCCAACAAAUUGUGUAUCCAAAUACUGUGUAUCCGGCAAGCAAACUGUGUAUCCGGCUAGCAAACUGUGUAUUCAACAAACAAACUGUGUAUUUAACAAACUGUGUAUCCAACAAACUGUGUAUCCAACAAACUGUGUAUCCAACAAACAAACUGUGUAUCCAACAAACAAACUGUGCAUCCAACAACAGUGUAUCCAAGAAACUGUGUGUGCAACAAACAAACUGUGUAUCCAGCAAACUGUGUAUCCAAAACCAGUGUAUCCAAGAAACAAACUGUAUCCAACAAACAAACUGUGUAUCCAGUAAACAAACAGUGUAUCCAACAAACUGCAUCCAACAAACAAACUGUGUAUCCAGCAAACAAACUGUGUAUCCAACAAACAAACUGUGUAUCCAGCAAACAAACUGUGUAUCCACAAACUGUGUAUCCAAAAACUGUGUAUCCAGCAAACAAACUGUGUAUCCAACAAAGAAACUGUGUAUCCAGCAAACUGUGUAUCCUACAAACAAACUGUGUAUCCAGCAAACACACUGUGUAUCCAGCAAACACACAGUGUAUCCAACAAACAAACAGUGUAUCCAACAAACAGUGUAUCCAACGAACUGUGUAUCCAACAAACUGUGUAUCCAACAAACAAACUGUGCAUCCAACAAACAAACUGUGCAUCCAACAAGCAGUGUAUCCAAGAAACUGUGUAUGCAACAUACUGUGUAUCUAGCAAACUGUGUAUCCAAAAACAAUGUAUCCAACAAACAAACUGUGUAUCCAACAAACUGUGUAUCCAGUAAACAAACAGUGUAUCCAACAAACUGUGCAUCCAACAAACUGUGUAUCCAGCAAACAAACUGUGUAUCCAACAAACAAACUAUGUAUCCAGCAAACAAACUGUGUAUCCAACAAACAAACAGUGUAUCCAACAAACAAAGUGUAUCCAACAAACAAACAGUGUAUCCAACAAACAAACUGUGUAUCCAAAAACUGUGUAUCCAGCAAACAAACUGUGUAUCCAGGAAACAAACUGUGUAUCCAGUAAACAAACUGUGUAUCCAACAAACAAACUGUGUAUGCAACAAACAAACUGUGUAUCCAGCAAACUGUGUAUCCAACAAACAAACAGUGUAUCCAACAAACAAACUGUGUAUCCAAAAAAUAAACUGUGUAUCCAGUUUACAAACUGUGUAUUAA